AUGGCUGAUCAAGCACCAACAACGGCGAACCAGUGUCCAGUGCCGCACGUCAAAAGAGGUGAAUGGCUCGCCGCUGCAAAAGGCGCACCGGAGCAAACCGUACCGACAACGCAAGCACCAAGUGCUGAGGGAGGAAAGUGUCCGGUACCGCACGAUGCUCGAGAAACAUGGCUAGGCGCCGGCAACGAGCGCAGCUCAUCACCACAGAUAUCUCCACUGAACAACAUGCCUGUCGAACCUCAACAAAAGCCGCGUCCUGGACAAUCAGCAUCACUCCCUACCGAACGUGAGAUUUCGACAAUCCCGCGGCUUGAGUCCGAGAGCGACGGAUACCGCGGAGCAGACAAGGGCUCAUCCAACUGGGUCUAUCCUUCAGAGCAGAUGUUUUUCGAUGCUAUGCGACGAAAGAGUUGGAAUCCAGACGCAGAGGAUAUGAAAGUUAUUGUUCCUAUUCACAACGCUGUCAAUGAGAGGGCAUGGCAAGAGAUUAUGAAAUGGGAAAAGCCCUAUGAUUCGAAAUCUUGUGGAGGUCCGAAACUCGCCAAGUUCGAGGGCGAUGCCUCGAAGAUAACUCCGAAGGCACGGCUGUUGAACCUGCUGGGUUACAACCUUCCUUUUGAUCGACAUGAUUGGACGGUGGAUCGUUGCGGUCAAAAAGUGGAAUAUGUCAUCGAUUUCUAUAAAGGAGCAGGAGAAAACUCCCUAUCAUUUUAUCUAGAUGUGCGACCCAAAUUCACAGCAGAGGGCGCGAAAAUGAGGAUAGGCCGGUUCUUUAGGGAUAUCUUUGCGUAACGCCUGAAGCCAGUUUCGUACAAUCUUCGUUGCUCACUGUUUGCUUCAAAUACGAUGAUUUGCGAUAUUCUCACAUCGCAAAGCCGCCUCGCUAGAAAGUCCCAUUUGUCCCAUGUAUUCAGCGAAUACAAGAACGAUAUCC